CCAUUCCCCAAUUUUCUUUAUAAAUAUCCACUCUUCAUUCUUUUCCAUGCACACCAUUGAUCAAAAAACUUCACACACACAGACACACAGACACUAGCUAGGGAGGCAACAAUGGAAUUUAGGUAUGAAAACAGCCAAGUUUUGUCCAAGAUAGCCAACACCUAUCAUGGUGAAAACUCUCCUUAUUUUAGUGUGAAGCAAGUUUAUGAUAGUGAUCCCUUCCAUCCCACCAAAAACCCUAAUGGGAUUAUACAAAUGGCUGUUGCUGAAAACAAGCUUUCUUACGAAUUGAUUGCAGAAUGGAUCAAGAAAAAUCCGGGAGCAUCAGUAUGCAGCCCUGAAGGAGCUGAUGAGUUCAAGAACAUUGCAGCCUUCCAAGACUUUCAUGGCUUGCCUGAAUUUAGAGAUGCUGUGGCCAAGAUUAUGAAGAAAGUGAGAGGUGGAAAGGUGAAUUUCGAUCCGGAUCGAAUAGUAAUGGCGGGAGGAGUCAGAGGAGCUAUGGAGAUGGUAAUGUUCUGCUUGGCUGAUCCUGGUGAUGCAUUUUUGGUACCCUCACCUUGGUACCCUGGAUUUGAUAGGUUCUUGAAAUGGAGGACUGGUGUGCAACUAUUCCCAGUUGUGUGCGAAAGUUCAAACAAUUUCCAGGUUACACGAGAAGCCCUAGAAGAGGCAUAUGAUAAUGCCCGAAAAUCAAACAUCAGAGUGAAUGGUCUCGUCAUUACAAACCCUUCAAACCCAUUAGGCACCACUGUGGAUAGAGACACACUGAGAACCCUCGUCACCUUCAUCAAUGACAAGCAAAUCCACUUUCUAUGCGACGAAGUGUACGCCGCCACCGUCUUCCGCUCCCCAGAAUUCGUAAGCGUCUCGGAGAUAAUUGAAGAGGUGGAAUGCAAUCGCAAUCUAAUUCACCUACUCUACGGUUUGGCUAAAGACUUGGGGCUUUCAGGGUUCAGAGUCGGCAUAGUGUACUCAUACAACGACACGGUCAUGAAUCUCUGUCGCAAAAUGUCGAUGGUGUGCUUAGUGUCGUCCCAAACGCAGUACUUCAUAGCCUCAAUGCUGUCUGACGAAGAAUUCAUUGACGAGUUCUUGUCAGAGAGCGCGGCCAGGCUGGGGAGGAGGCACGACACCUUCAUAAAAGGACUGGAAAAAGCUGGCAUCAAAUGCUUGGAAAGCAAUAGUGCGGUGUAUUGUUGGAUGGACUUGAGGAACCUGCUGAAAGAGGCUACAUUUGAAGCUGAAACGAGCUUGUGGAAGACGAUAGUCAAUGUUUAUAAGCUGAAUGUGUUGCCAGGAUCAACGUUUCACUGCACCGAGCCCGGCUGGUUUAGAAUUAGCUUUGCAAGUAUGGAUGACGAGACAUUGCAGGUUGCUCUUGAAAGAAUUCAAAUAUUUGCCAGUGAAACUUUGAACGGCCAUAACUUCAUCAGCAAUACGUGCAACGGAAAAUGAAGUGAGCGAGGGCGACGAUCGACUAUCUGAAGCAGACAUGCAAAAAUAAAAUUGUGAUGAUAGACUAAUGGAAACUCCUCCUCUUGGCCUAUGA